UUCUCCCCCUUCCUUUUCGCUUUUCCGCCCACCUCCAUUCCAUUCCGCUUCUUUCCCCCUUUCACCCCUCCCUCUCUCUCUCUCUACUCUCACUCUCCCUUCUCUCUCUGCCUUCCUCCUUCUAAGAGGAAGGUCAUCGUCGGUAGCGUCACGAAGCUUCCCGUCGACGACCAAAUUCCGUUUACGGCGGCCUUGAGCGUCGUUCGUAUUUGUUUUUGUAUAUAAUACUUUGUUUAAUUAAAUAAAUUGUUUUUAAGAUGAUGAGGAGCAUGCACAUGGGGAACUCCGCCCCGGCGAGAGGCAUAGCUGCCAUCGUCGGCGUUGGGCCCAAGCUGGGCCGCUCCGUGGCCCGGAAGUUCGCCCACGAAGGCUACACCGUCGCCAUCCUCGCCCGCGACCUCGGGAGGCUGUCGAUGUUCGCGGAGGAGAUCGCGCGGGAGGAGAAAGCUCAAGUGUUUGCAAUCAGAAUAGACUGCUCCGACUCCAGGAGCAUCAGGGAGGCCUUCGAGGGCGUUCUCUCGCUCGGCUUCGUCGAAGUUCUCGUCUACAAUGCCUACUGCCCGGCUGCCUUGCAGCCCACCAACUUCGCCGACGUGUCUCUCGCCGCCUUCGAGCGGUCCCUCGCCGUCUCCUCCGUCGGCGCCUUCCUCUGCGCUCAACAGGUUAUUCCAGGAAUGGUGGAGAGAAGGAAAGGCACGAUUCUGUUCACAGGUUGCGCGGCUUCACUAAACGGGAUUCCUGGAUUCUCUGAUCUAUGUUGUGGGAAGUUUGCACUGAGAGGUCUAUCGCAGUGCCUGGCCAGAGAGUUCCAAGCUCUUGGAGUGCAUAUUGCCCAUGUUGUCAUCGAUGGUCUGGUUGGCUCACCUAGGGGACCAUCGUCGACGUCGCCGUCGACAGGCAGUACCACCGGCGGUGGUUGGUGGCAGAGGACGGCGGUGGUUGGGGAGCAAUUAGUACAACGACAACAAGUCGAAGGAGAAGUGGUAGUGGACGGUGGCGGGCCACCGGAGCCAAUGAUGAUGAUGAUGGACCCGGACUCUUUGGCCCAAACCUACUGGCAUUUGCAUGUCCAGGACAGGACGUGUUGGACCCAAGAGAUCGACCUCCGCCCUUCCCACUCUCAACAGUGACGCCAGCCGGCCCGGCCCCAAGUUAAUUACUACUUUACCCCUUAAUUAAUACAGAUUGAACUAAUAUUGCUCUUGAAAGCUCCUCCUUCCCAAUUUUUAUGUGGUGUUUAAAUAUGAUGGUGAAAGCUCAUUAGUACGAAAUAGCUAGUCGUCCUGUCAAUCAAAUCUUAUACACAUACACAUCAGUUUCCGUAUUAAUUUGUCUUCUUCCUACUGUUUUUGUUUUACCCUUUGUGACCUUCGUUUUAAGGGCAGUGGGUCAUAUUUUGUUGUCUUCUACGGACGAGCGAAGGGCUUCGUGUCCCAAUUUAGGACACACGACAUACAAUACAAGCCUAUCUCUCUC